AUGGCCUUGCCGGGCGUUGAUAAACGCACUCCCUCCCCCACCCCGCACUCCCUCCCCCACCCCGCACUCCCUCCCCCACCCCGCACGCCCACGCCCACACCCCUCCAAAAGGGGCGUGCAAUUGAACCCGCCCCUCCUGGAGGGGCGGGUGGGCUUGCAUGCCAGCCAAGAACCAAGAUAGCUUGGUUCUUGGAUGGAUUUGAAUCCAGCCCAUCGGGAGGGUUUCCUCCCGAUGAGCUGUUCCAACGAUUCUGUUGGCUCAUCGAAGCACUAUCGUCAAUCAAGAGCACAGUAUCAUAUCUGGCCAAGAUAACUAAUUUGUCUUCGCCGGAAGAAGGAUUGGUACACAAGAGCGGAGAGGCUGGGGUUUGGUUGAGAGGGCUAUUUAAGGCCGAGGCUGCCCCCGAUCCUAUGACCAAACGUCCCAGUCUUUGA